UAUUCGGAUAGAAAUUAGGAAUAAAUAUCAUAUAUUUACCAUAUGUUCAUUAUAACAUAAAUAAGUUUAAAUUUUCUGUAUAUAACCUUCACAUUUUUUUACUUGUGUUAGAAAUUUUUCUGUACCAAUAAAUUUUUAAUACAAAAACAAAUCAAGGACAUUAAAUUUUAUAUUUAUAUAUAAAUUUUUGAUGUUUAUAUAUAAAUUUUAGAUGAUUGAUAAAUAAAUUUGGGCCUUCUAAAUUUUUAUUUGACUUAUCUUGAUAUAAUGAGACUCUUGAUACAGGCUACUUGAUUAUGAACUUGGAAAUCAAAGAUUACGAAAGGAAAUUGGUGCUCAAACAAAAAUUGAAUGAAAUAAUAAACACAAUCAACAUCGCGAAUUACAAUAUACAAAGUGAGGAAUUAACCUUGCAAGAAAUAGCUCCCCUCACCAGCUCAACCAAUUUAUACUUGGCUGUUGGAAAAUUUUAUUUACACACUCCCAAAAAGGAACUCCGAACCGAACUAGAAACACGGAUACAACACUCCAAAACAUUGGUGAAUAAUUUAGAAAAGGAUAAAUCAUCGGUGGAAAAAAUUGUUGAAAAGUUACUGAAGGUGUGAGAUAGGAAGAACUUGAUUUUUUUAUCACUUUUAAUUUUAAGAUAAUUAACCCACCCCAAUUAUAUUCUGAUAAAUUUUGCUUUUUUCACAUCCCUUUUUUUGUUUUAUAAGUAAAACUUUUAUUUUUUUAAAAAAAUGCUUUUAAAUUUUGAAGUAACGCCUUUUAUGUUUAAUUAUUUUGAGGAGAUUCUCAAAUGUCCUCAUCUUAAUCUGGAGAUAAGAACAUUAACACGUAGUCAUUCCUUAAUAUUUGCGACAAAUAAAAUGAAUAUAGAUGAUAAUUCUUAUUCUCUACAAAGAAUACCUUAUAAAACACUUCUUGAAAUAUAUCACGGUAGCAAAUGUGAUAUUUGUUCUAAUCCUCUCACGGAAAAAACUCACUUGCAUCAUUUAAUUCAAAGUUCUUCUCUAAAAUGUAAUGCUAUGUCAUCUUUGGCAGAAAAAUUAUAUCAGGGCAACAAAGAAAAAGAUAGUAAAUCUGACGAUAACUAUCAAAAAAGAAUGACGAAAUUGAGAAAUGAAAUAGAAAAUUCUCGGUAUAAGAGGAUGGUCAAAAAUAUAUUGCCCCCUGAAACUCAUAAAGACAUCAAUCCCAACAUAGUUGGCACCUUUGCUUUUGCCUUCCUAGCUUUUCGUUACCUUUCGGAUGGUAAAUGCUUAGUUUGUCAACUCUUGAGUGGUCUUAUUAGUGCCAUUAUCAUAGCUUCCACUGAAUUUUACAUUCUCUUGAAAAUGGAUUAUAUAUGAUAAUUUAUAAAUAACUGAAUUUUUGAUUUUGCGCAAAAUUUAAAGAUGUUUUAAUG